UAGGAAAUGAAAGACACUAUAAGAGACCGUAGCACAAUCGGCUCUGUUCCGCACACCGAGGCGUGGCCACAUGACUCUGACGUACAGCUCUUCCUUUUUUUUGCGUUCUGAUUCAACAGAAGGCGCGUCAGCCGCAAGCAGAGUCGGACUGACUUACCGCCCAAGGACCUGAAGGACUCUGAUUCUAACUUGAGGCUUCAUUCAGCCAAAGGAGUUCUAGUGGGAUUUGGUUUCUCUAAUCCGCAGCGCGUUUCUUCAAAGUUCAACUGUUGUCGAAAUCCAGGUGAUGCAUCGGCUUGCAAGGUCACAUCGACUUGUUCGCUGUCGUCUCCUGUCCUCCUCCUCCUCCGAAGAUACAAGUUGUCAAGCACCACUGGAUCUCCGAGUUUGCCUCAAUGGAUAAAGAAAACACUUCCACACCAUUUUGGGUUCUUCCUCCCCGGGCAGCUCCAGUGACCUGUAGGACACGUUGGCUCAGCAGUGACCCCUGAAGACAAGAAGCCAAAUCUGAAACUGAAAGCAACCGCCAUCAUGGGGACAAUACCCAACCCACAGAGGACAGUGACGGUUCAGAUGGUGACGUCUCUAACCAUGGGGGACCGCUUGGGAAGUAAAGAAAAUUCCGGCAGCUGGCAGAUGCAGUCGAGCUUAAAAGCUGGCAAGACGUGCAAAUCGUCCGCUAACCACAGGCCGGAGGACAGCUGUGUGACUGAGCCAGACGGCCCUCCGACUUGUGAGACCCCAGACUGUGGCCAGCCUGGUGGCGCCGAUUUCGGCGGCUUAGACAACGCAGAGCAAAGGGACUCUGAAAGUGGACUCCAUGCAGAGCCGAGCUCGUCGCAGUGCAAUAACAGUCCUGCCUCAGAGAACGUUGUCAGGGCCGGUCAUCCAAGUUUGGACGAAGUCUCGGAGCCACGGAAGGACCCCCCUCCACGUGAGUCGACCGCCGCUUUUCAGCCCGUUGACUCCCCGGAGGACGAGAAAGAGUCCAACUUGAAGAACGGACCAUCAAAGACACUCCAUAAAGCGGGGUGUCCAGGACUUCUCAAAAGUACGGCCGGUGAAGACGAUGCCCCCGUCAAGUUUAAGGACGAAAAGCCACUGAACGCCAAUCCGCCGAACACAACGGAUGUAUCGAGUGCUCAGUCAGCCACACCGGAGGGUCCUGAUCUCAGAAAUUGUUUGCAAAAUUCCAGACAAGUAGACUCAAAAGCACAAUGUCACAGGGAGGCGGGCAGAGUCCUUCCGGAAAAGACAACGGCAUUGGAAAGCAAACACGAGGAAACAACGGCGGCACAGAAUCCGGAAAGUGGACGGUCGAACACGGAAAGGACGUUGGGAUCGGGACUUGUUAAAACAGAACCUGACAUCUCUGAGGACCUAAAACGUCAUGAAGAGGAGAUCCCAAGAAAUGACUCUGCUUGUGGAAAGCGACCGGUAAAUGUCUCCGGUGUCUCAGAACCACAUAAAGCCGAAGGCCGUGACCAGGGUGUCCUCCGAGAUUUGCCACAAGUCCACUCCGAGAAUCAGAAGCAAUACAAGGAGGCGGCAACGAUGACCGUGUCUUACGAAAGCAGUCCUGUUCCGAGGAAAAUAUGCCAGGAUGCCGAAGUGCAGGCGGUGACCAGCAUCCAAUGCAAAUCGGCCGCUACCAGUCCAUACCUGUACCCACCGGCUGUGCCGCCCCACAUUUGUUGCUUAGCGAAAGAAGACGCUGAGCGCCUCACUGUUGAGUAUGACACGAGCGGCGCACAUCCCACGAAACCCGUUUUGAAAAUCACCGAGGGUCCAGAGCAGUCAAAGGAAUCUUCCGUCACCCAAAGCCCCAGCUGCGAAACUCCGUCUUCACAAGCAAGCGUGGGUCACUUCACUCAGCAUCCAUUAGAACAUUCAAGAACAUCCAAGGAGAACACCAACAUAACCGAAAGUGCUGGUGAGAGGCCUGUCCUCUCUCCUGCUUCAGUGUCCAUCGUUUUAAAUGACCAAGACAAGAACAUCGGAGCGGAGCCUAAACCACUAGCGCAGUCGAUGACGUCCACCGAUGUGACGCCUUUAAAACCUGCAUACCAGAUUCAAAUCGGAACCAGCAAGCCGUCGGAUCAGACCUCCAUUAUUGGGAUCCCAAUCAGUGAGCCACAGAAGCUUUCGGCUGAAACAAAGCCGCCUGAGACGGAAAUUGUAACAACAGGUACUGAUUUGAAGGGUUCACUUAAGGAGACACCCAAGAUUGGUCAUACAUCUGACGUCACGGCAGAAAUCUCACCCUUGCCUAACCACAUGAAGGAAGCUGUGAAGACGUGUCCCUCGAUAAAGGAUUCUCAACCGGGAUCUGAGCCCCCGCACGUCAUAAAACAAGAAGCGGCCUCAACGGACGCUCAGACGAAUGUCACGCGUGCCAAGGCAGACCUUAGCAGCACUUGUGUGAAGCCCCCGGGGGCCGACGAUCCCUUAAAGAAGAUGGAAGAAAAAUCGGAAGCCAGCAGUAAAUCGGUUCAUUUCCAAAGUGAUGGCGUCGCGGCAUGUAACUCCUCUGGCAUCAAACAAAAAGCGGGAACGGGCAAACAAACCACCGGUGAAAAAGCAAAGAGUACAACGAGCAAAGAGGACAACCCGGCAAAGCGGGUCCGCGAUGUGGUUUGGGACGAGCAGGGCAUGACGUGGGAGGUGUACGGCGCAUCCCUCGAUCCCGAAUCUCUAGGCUUUGCCAUCCAGAGUCACCUGCAGAGCAAAAUCAAGGAGCACGAGAGGCAUAUUAUAACGCAGACGCGGAAGUCCGUUUCAUCAGCAACUUCCCCCAGCAAGCGACAGAAACGGCGACAACAGAAUAUUUUCCGGUCCGUUCUUCAGAACGUACGGCGGCCCAACUGCUGCGUCCGGCCGCCACCUUCCUCGGUGCUAGACUGAAUGACCGGAAAUUCUCAUUCUCCACUGAGAACCCACCUAAUGUUUUCCAGGUUUCUUCCGUGUUGACUACACAGGUCGUCUUUUCUCGAUUUGGUCCAGAAACUGCAAUAUUGACUGAUAGCCGGCAGACAUGUUUCUGUCUUUGAUAUCGACCAUGUUUGAAAUUUAUUGUAUUUACAUUUUUUUUUUUUUUUGUCUCACCGGGGUGUAGCAACCCAAGAAAACAGUGCCAAAAAAUGCAAAGUUAGAGAAUAUUUUACAGGACGCGUACACAACAAUUAAUUAAUAAAAAUUCUCACGUAGUCAUAACACUUGAGAGCGCAAUAAUAUAUUUGUGUAAUAGACACAUGAAAACGAGACAAAAUGUUAAGUUUUCGUGGGAUUUGUCACGGGGAAUGUUGAUUUUGGGUCUGAUUUUCGAAAAGCUGGUGAAGAGUUAAUUAUGGAGGAUUAUUGGGGCCAAAAUUAAAUGCGACCCUUCACGUAAAAGACACUGAAAUGCAAUGCGUUUUUGAGUUGUUUAUUUUCUUUUGGCGCAAUUGAGUUACGUAAUAAUUUACAAAGAAAGCAAUCGAAUGAUUCAUUGCUCUUCGACACGACACGUGACAGAGCGAUUUGCAGUUCUUUCCAAGACCGUGAAUUAAACCGAUGUCACAUUACGCGAUUUCGAGUCGGAGAGAAUGUCAGGUGUGCCGUCUACAGUUACAUAUCUCAUCGGCGGACCGUGGCAAUUCAACCGAUGAAAAUCACUGGGCAGCACAUCGAUGCAUCUGCGUGAUCAUUUUUCCAGCACAGUCAUGCUCCUCCCUUUUCCUGACAGCCAAUAGCAUGCUGCCUGAUGGAGCCAGUGCUAUACGAACGGUUAACAGCUACGGCGAGUUCAGCCACAAUACUCGGCCAUUUUGUUCUUUUUUUUUCCAUUCUGUCAUGGUACAUAAAACAUGAAACACCAGAGACGCAAACUUCUCUUC